GAUUCAGAUCAACAGUGUUCUCUCAGAAGUUCUCGUGUUUACAUUCAAAAGUUUUAUCGAAAAACAAAUCAAUCAAUUCAAAAUGAAGAUGAUCAUUAUUUUCGCUGCUUUGAUCGCUGCUGUACUUGCUGCUCCAGUCGAUGAUUCUAAUGUUGCCCAAGUUCUUCGAUAUGAAAAUGACAACGUCGGUAUUGAAGGAUUCAAAUACGGGUUUGAAACCAGUGACGGUAUUUCACGAGAUGAACAAGGUGAAUUAACCGAUGUCGGUACCGACGAAGAAGCAAUUCAAGUUCGAGGACAAUUCUCUUACACUGGUCCCGAUGGUGUACUAUACACAGUUGUAUACACAGCCGGUAAACAAGGAUUCGUACCAAGCGGUGACCACAUCCCAACCAAAUAAAUUAUCCAAUAAGACGAUGCACUCUUUCUGUACAUACAAAACCGCAUAUCCUCAACAUUGAAAAUGAACAAAAUAUUUUAUUUUAUGAAAACGACUUAGACCUCGAUAAAUGACUGUGAGAUAAUUGUACAUUGUUUUAGACACGAGAAAUAAAUAUAAAAUGAAAAA